GCUGGGAAGGCGGGGCCAAGAGGCCCAGGUAAACCUGGAGCGCGCGUGCGAGCGAGUGCGCGCUCUCCCUGCGGCCCCACCCUUGAAACUGGCUACCUGCGGCGGAAGGGGCGCCCCACAAGGAAGUUGCAGAGCGGGAGAGGAGGAGGAGGGGAAGCGAGUCGCCCAGCGCCCGGGAGAAAAGCCCCAGCUCUCAGGGGAGAAGGAGUCGCCCUCGAGGCUGCAAGGGAGGAAGAAGAACACGACGCCUUCUCUUUUCCAAGAAAGUUGCUCGUUGCUCGCUGCUUUCGACUCGCCGACGAGGAUUGCUCCGGCCAUGGCUUCUGGCUAAAGCCCCCCCCCUUCCCGCCGCGAUUCUUCUUUUCUGUUUCCCUGAUCUAGCCAGGAAUUGCUUUGAACAUCUCCAAAGUGGGGAUUCUCUGGAAACUUUUCCUGCCUUGCUUUCCUCUCGCUCUCUUCUCCCUUCCCGUCCCCCCCUCCAUCGCACUUCUUCAUAAACUUUCUGUAAAAAAGAGAGAAUAAAGCGGGGGGAAAUUAAAUAUGAAGGAUUACCGGCUUCCCAGCGAAGGAAAAAUGAACAUUUAUCACCCACCUUCCGGGGCUACAUCGAAGGCGUAUGUUUCAGGCCUAAAGUACAGCAAUAAAUUGGAGGAUAUGAACGGCCUGGAAGAAGGGUUGGAGUUCCUCCCCACCAUGAACGCCAAGAAGGUGGAGAAGAGGGGUCCCAAGCGCUGCAUAGCGGCGAUAGCCAUCGUCCUGGUCUGUCUCCUCCUUUCCCUGCUUGCUGGGUUCCUGGUUUGGCACUUUAGAUACAGGAAUGCCCCUGUGCAGAAAGUCUACAAUGGCCACCUGAGACUCGUGGGGCGCAACUUCAUCGAUGCUUACGAGAAUUCCAACUCUCCUGAAUUCGCUGCCUUGGCCAGGGAGGUGAAGAAAAUGCUUAUAAACAUCUAUAAAAAUAAUCAGGAUGUCAGUCCUUUUCACAAGGAAACUCAGAUCGUCGCAUUCAGCGAGGGCAGCAUUAUAGCCUACUACUGGUCAGAGUUCAGUGUCCCUAAACACAAUGUGGAAGCGCUUGACAGGGCCAUGGCCAACAUCCAGGCUUCAAAUGAGGCGGGGAUGAAACAGAGGGGCAGCUAUGAAAUGCGAGUUGAGACGGUCGUCGCUUUCCCUUCUGAUCCAGAUAUCAUUAAGGCAAAACGGGACAACAGCUGCAGCUAUGCCUUGCACGCGAAAGAGGGCGUGGUCACCAGCUUCACCACGCCCGGGUUCCCAAACAGCGCCUACCCGUCCAACGCGCGAUGCCUCUGGGUCCUGAGAGCCGACGCCGAUUCCGUAAUCAGCCUGACCUUCACGACGUUCGACUUGGAGCCCUGCAAUGUGGGGAACGACUUUGUCAAGGUGUACGACACGCUGAGCCCCGUCGAAGCCCAUGCGCUGGUGAAGCUGUGUGGCAGCUAUGGACCAUCCUACAACCUGACCUUUGUCUCCUCUACAAAUGUUCUCCUGGUCAUGCUGAUCACAGAUGCCACAGAGCGGUAUCCCGGGUUCAAGGCAGAGUUCUUCCAGAUGCCAAAGAAAAAAAAUUGUGGCGCAGAUUUGACGGCAGUAUCCGGAACCUUCUCCUCUCCUUAUUACCCAGCCCACUAUCCUCCUGGAACGGAUUGUGUCUGGAAUAUAGUGGUCCCCACAGAUAAGAGAGCGAAGGUGCGCUUCAACAACUUCUUCCUUGCCGAGCCUGGCAUCCCACUCAAUUCCUGCCCCAAAGACUAUGUGGAAGUCAACAACGUCAAGUACUGCGGCGAGAAGAAGCAAUUUGUAAUAUUGAGCAAAACCAACAAGAUUUCUGUCCGUUUCCAUUCGGAUCUUUCAUUGGUAGACAGCGGCUUUUCGGCAGAGUUCAUGUCCUACCAAACCAACGACCCCUGUCCAGGCAAAUUCGCCUGCAACACCGGCCGCUGUAUUGCCAAGACCCUGCGCUGCGAUGGCUACAAUGACUGCACGGAUGCCAGCGACGAGAAAAACUGCACUUGCACCGAGAAGCAGUUCAGAUGCCGGAACGGUUAUUGCAAGCCGAAAUUGUGGUUCUGCGAUGGCAUGGACGACUGCGGGGACGGCAGCGAUGAGGCCGAGUGCAAAUGUCCAGCAAAUAACAUCCGGUGCAGCAAUGGCAACUGCAUCCCAGAGAGCAAGAAAUGCGACGGCAAGGAUGACUGCGGCGACGGCAGCGACGAGGGGAGCUGUGGCCGUGUGGACACCGUCUCCUGCAAAGCGUACACCUACAAGUGCCGCAACAACCAGUGCUUGAGCAAGAAGAACCCAGAAUGCGAUGGGAAUAAGGACUGCAGUGAUAACUCGGACGAGGACAAUUGCAACUGCGGCAAGCGCUUCUACAGCAAGCAGUCCCGGAUUGUCGGUGGGGAGGACUCCGACGAGGGCGAGUGGCCGUGGCAGGUCAGCUUCCACACCAAGGACACCGGUCACUUCUGCGGGGCCACCUUGAUAUCUCAGAAUUGGGUGGUGUCUGCAGCGCAUUGCUUCCAGGAUGACUGGAGGAGGCAUUUGGACCACAGGACGAUAACAGCCUACAUGGGGCUUCUCGACCAGGGGGACAGGAGCAACAGCAACGUUCAGCAGCGGGGCCUGAAGAGGGUCAUCCGCCACCCGUAUUUCAAUGAUGCCAGCUACGACAACGACAUUGCUGUGGCAGAGCUGUCCAGCCCGGUCGAGUUCAACAAAUACAUCCAGCCUAUCUGCCUGCCUGAUGUCACCCAUGACUUCCCUGUUGGCAAAUCCCUCUGGGUGACAGGAUGGGGAGCCACUCAAGAAUCAGGAAACGGUGCCAGCAUCUUGCAGAAGCUCGAAAUCCGUGUGAUCAACCAGACCGUGUGCAGGUCCCUGAUGGUGCCCAAUGAUGUGACGGACCGCAUGAUGUGUGUCGGGGUCCUCACAGGCGGGAAAGAUGCCUGUCAGGGAGACUCUGGUGGGCCACUGGUCAGCUUGGAGGCCAACAACACAUUGUUCCUGGCUGGCGUGGUCAGCUGGGGGGAAGGCUGUGCCCAGAGGAACAAGCCAGGAAUGUACACUCGUGUUUCGGCGCUGCGGGCCUGGAUCAAUGAGCAAACCGGCGUGUAGGCGGCUGCGGCGACUGGGACGGUUCAUACGACUCUCCCUUCUUCUGUCUCUGGGUCUAUCAAGCUUGCAGCUGAAGACAUUCCCCUGUGAUAGGAAGGGGGUUCUGCAAAUCUUGUUUGCUCCUCUAAUUCCUUCUCGGUUUUUUUUCCUCCAAAAAUGAAACCAGCGACACUCCUGGAUUCAUUGUAUGCGGCCGAUUGGAUGGGCAGUUGCCCCUUUGAGAGCGCCCCUCUGCUGCUCAUGUUCUCUGUCUCCAGAGGCUUUCUGAAAUAAGUUCAAUGUGAACCUGCUUUAAAUCUGCAAGGGAGCUGGUACCUCCUGUGCAGGCCGCCUGAGGCAGGGGCCCGGUAGGUGCGGUACCCCUAAAUGACCACUAGUUGGCAGCAUGAGGGCCAAGUAGCCUUAAGUGAACACCAAGUGGCCACUUGUGUGUGUGUGUGUGUGAGAGAGAGAGAGAGAGAGAGAGAGAAAGAGAGAGAGAGAGAGGAUGAAAUGACACAUUGUUCUGUGUUUUUAGGACUCAUCUGGUCUGCUGUAGCAUGUGUGACGUCUUCUAUUUUCUCCUCUUCUCAUCCCCCCUUCCAAAACCCCCCCAGGAUUUCCCCUGUGAAUAGGAUAGUUCCCAGAGCGUUGUUUGUUUUUCAAAGCAGCUCAUUGAUCGGAGAGGUUGCCUGUCUCCUGUGCUCUUUUCCCA